GCGCUUCGCACUCCGUAACGAACGUGCAGCGUGCAGCGUACGGGAUACACAUCGCUCGUGAGUGAACGUGCUUAUCGGGACGUGGUGGUAUAUCAGUUCUUCGGGUUUGCGCUGUGGCUCAGCACGAUCGGUCGGUCUCUCCUCGGACACCUCGCGCUGUCCUUGUCGCACGCGGGAAAAUAGUGUCAUUGCUCGGUUCCGCGACGUGUGAUCUUGCUAUAUCGCGCGCGCGUGUGUGUGUGUGUGUGGUCAUCACAUCACGACGCGGUGCUACGCCGCGGCGAUUGGAUGGACGUCGCGCAGAAGCUGCACCUCGAGGCAUAUAACAUGCCGCAUUAUGAGGAGUUGAACGUCAGUUGUCGCACAAACAGCUCCGGCUGCGACGUCGAGGAUCUGUUGGACACCUCCGUGGAGGACUUCGGCUCGCCGCUGUCGUUGCAGCCGCGUAAACUCUCCUUCACCAGCAUGGACUGCAACGACGACAGUCCGCAGUGCGAUAUGCAGGCCAACAAUAACAACAGGAUCCCGUCGGCCGUAACAGUGCCAUACCAGCCCCUGGCGUCUAGUCCACCAUAUAAGCGUGUUCGAGCAUUGCGCUUAUUCGACUCGCCUACAACCCCGAAAACUAUAAUAGAGAAGAGCGUAAUGCACACCCCCCUUCCCUCCAAAUGUAAUAGGUUUUUCUCUUUAGAGAAACCAAAGCCAUGUAGUUACCCAAAUAAGUCUGAGAAGCCUGCCGCGAAUGUAAAUCCUUUUACACCAAAUGGUAUGCUACUAGCAGCAAGGAAAAGAACUAGAUCCAAACGUAGUCUGAAUAGCUUAUCCGACAUAGAAAUACCAAAGUUCGAUCUCGCCGAUUCCGAAGAUUCCGACAACGACAUCGAACAGGUGACGAAGCGCGUGGCGCUGCAGGAUUCUAAUAUAACCCGCUACCAUCAGGAAUUCCACGAGCUCGGGCUGAUCGGCACCGGCGAAUUCGGCUCGGUUUACAAGUGCAUCAAUCGACUGGACGGCUGCACGUACGCCAUCAAGAAGAGCAUCAAGCCGGUAGCCGGCAGCAUCAACGAGAAGAACGCGCUGAACGAGGUCUACGCGCACGCCGUGCUCGGGAAGCACCAGCAUGUGGUGCGCUACUAUUCUGCCUGGGCAGAGAACAAUCACAUGAUCAUCCAGAACGAGUACUGCAACGGCGGCAGCCUGGCGGACAUGAUCGCCCGUCUGCAGACGCAGAAGACGCACCUGACCGAGCCAAAGCUGCGCCAGCUGCUGCUGCACGUGGCCGAGGGGCUGCGGUACAUACACAGCAUGCAGCUGGUGCACAUGGACAUCAAGCCGGGUAACAUUUUCAUCUCCAAGGAGAAACGGCUGCUAGCCCUCAACUAUGACUCCGCCGACGACGGAUUCGACGAGGAGGAAACCGUCGAGGAGAUCACCUACAAGAUCGGCGACCUUGGCCACGUGACGUCGAUCAGUAAUCCGCAGGUGGAAGAGGGCGACUGCCGUUACCUGCCGACGGAGAUCUUGCACGAGGACUUCGCUCAUCUGCCGAAGGCCGAUAUCUUCGCAUUAGGACUGACGAUUUAUGAGGCGGGCGGCGGCGGGCCUUUGCCGAAGAAUGGACCUGCGUGGCACGCUAUCAGGGAGGGGAACUUGAAGGAGCUGUCGCUUUACAGUCGCGAUUUCAAUGACUUACUGAAGCUGAUGAUUCAUCCCAAUCCAGAGACAAGGCCGACGGCGGUAUCGCUGAUACAACACCGAGUUCUGUGUCCGCUCGGCAACAAGACCAACGCGCAACUACGGAGGGAAUUGAACGCGGAGAAAGUGAAGAAUGAGUUUCUGUCGAAGCAGCUUCAACAGACAGUUAAGUGUCUGAAAACCCUGCCGGCCAACGUUACCGCCAUUAGCAACACGACCGGGGGUUACAAGUUGCGGCCGACACCCACCAGAGCGUCGUUCCGUAUCGUAGGCAAAAAGGUUAAUCGUAGCAAUAGCACCACAAACUUUUGAGAAAACCCUUCCGCGUUGCGCUAUAGUGUAAGAUACUCAUCAAUAAUGGCGGCUCGUGAAGAAGAUUUCGACUUAACAACACGAU